UGUCUUGCCUCGCAGCAGCAAAAAUCUACAUGGUGUCAGCCUCUGCUUUACUCGUCUUCGAGAUUCAGCACAAUCUAACCGAACACGAACAAAACCCUAAAUUGCGGCUGUAUCUUAGUCUUGUUUACAGCCCUAAUUUCUCACUGAAAUGCUUUCCACUGCUUCCAACUAUAAGUGAGAUUUGAACCGAUCACUUUGGAUCUGCUGAUUUCCUUUCUCCCGAAGUUCCUCAGCAGAGAUCGAGAGGUUGAUGGUCAUGGCCAGGUCGAACCAUCAUAACAGACUUCCUCUUCGAGAACGGAGGAAGCGGUGGGUUGGAUGUUUCAAAGCGUUGUCUUGUUUCGGUUCAAAGAAAGGAGAGAGACGAAUCGUGCCAGCUGCUGCACGAACCCCUGAAGCGAACGUUGCAACUGCUCAAUCAAAUCAACCUCAAACAACAACGGGAUUGAGUAAUCACACUACGGCAAUGCUUGCUCCACCUUCCUCUCCAGCUUCUUUCUCACAUUCUCCUGCUCCUUCCAUAGCUCAGUCCCCGAACUGCCUGCUUUCCUUAUCUGCCAACUCUCCUGGAGGUCCUUCCUCCGCCAUGUUCGCGACAGGGCCUUAUGCUCACGAGACACAGUUGGUUUCACCUCCUGUUUUCUCAACUUUUACCACGGAGCCAUCGACUGCACCUUUGACACCUCCUCCUGAGUUAGCCCAUCUCACCACUCCUUCUUCCCCUGAUGUACCCUACGCCCGGUUCUUGACCGGGAAAGCCGAUUGUAUCUCAGGAGAUGGUCUUCGAUCCUCGUCUUUUCCCGAACGUGAGUUCUCACCGCAUUGGGAUUCUUUGGCUUCUCCAAGAACAGUCAAAUGUUCGAGGAGCGACUCUAGUUAUGCACAAACUCCUGAGACGAACACUACCCCAAAGGCGUCUCAAGGUUCAAAUUUCUUCUGCCCUGCAACCUUUGCUCGUUACUAUCUUGACCAUGAUGCUCCGUUUUCUCAUGCUGGUGGAAGACUGAGCGUUUCGAAAGAUACGGAUGUUUACCCAACUAACAGAAAUGGUCAACGCAUUUCCAAGCAAGAUAUGGAAGAACUUGAAGCAUACAGAGCUUCCUUUGGUUUCAGUUCAGAUGAUGUCAUCUCUACAAGCCAAUAUGUGGAGAUAACCCAUGUUCAGGAUGACUCAUUGAGACCUCGUACUACCUUGGAUGCGUCAAAAGAUGAAGGGAUUAAUUUGUAUGGCGCAGGGGAAGCUAGCUUGAACCUGCAAAAAUGUGGCAACUUACAAGACCCGCUCGAUAUGCACAAUGAUCAUAUGCGGAGAUCAAGCACGCCGGGUAAUGGAGGUCAAGCGAAGGCAAGUAGAAAGUACAAGACGGGUCUGUGCAGUUCGGAUGCAGAAAUCGAUUACAGAAGAAGUGGACGAAGCUUGGGGGAAGGCAAAGGAGAUUUUGCUUGGCAUGACUAAGAAACCCUUCUUACUGAUCUGUAGAGUUUAGUUUUGCUUUCGUUCUUUUGGCUUAUGUUCUGUGUUGUUUUUAAUUGAUUUUUUUGUAUAUUAAAUAGAGAAAUUUCCUAUGAUAUUUUGUCACAAGAAUAGCUUCAAAGAGAAAAAUAAUUAAAAUUUUUUUUAUUAAAAAGUAAAAAUAUAUUUA